AUGAAUUCACUUUCUCUACAAUUUACUGUGAUUUUCACAUUAUCAUUAAUAUUGUUAGUAGGAAUCAAUGAAGUGACUGCUGAAGGUGUUAUUUUCGACUUCAAGACACUUUUCCUAAGUACUUGGAAAAAUGUUUAUGAACGUUUAAAAGGAACGUUCAAUUACUUCCUUCUAGAAGUUCAUCGAGAUUUAAAACCAAGUAAUAUACUGAUAACUUUGGAUAAUAGUAAUAAUAAUAAUAAUCAUAAUCAUAAUGCAUUAAACAACACUCCAACUGGAAAAGCACGUAUUGUAGUUGGAGAUUUUGGUUUAUCUCGUCCAUUGCCAACAGAUCAACAAGACCAACAACAACAACAACAACAGCCGCAUCAAGAUACAUUCAAUUCUAUUGGACCGCAUAUUUCUGUCAAAAUUCAACAAAUCAAAAGUCGUUCAAUCUCUUCUUCAUCUUCAUCAUCAUGUCAAAAAAACACUUGCGUUGAAUUCAAUACAUCGAAAAAUGAUGUACAAUUGAAUAAUAUCAGUACUACUGCUACUACUUCUAAUGAAAAUAACAGUAGCAACGAGAAUAAUGUUUUCGGUAUAAGCGUAAUAUAUGGUAGCCAAGAAGAGUAUAACAAUGAUGUUGUUAAUGAUUCCACAGAUCUUAAUAUAAACAAUUGUCUUGGUGAUGAUGAUAAUAAACAUCAAGCAACAUUAGAUAACAGUGUAUGCUUUACUUUUGGUACACUUGGUUGGAUGGCACCAGAACUUUGUGAAACAGAAUCAGCUUUACAUGUGACUUGUGCAAUUGAUAUAUUCGCAUGUGGUCUUUUGGCUUAUUAUGUUUUAACCAAUGGUAAACAUCCAUAUGAUGCCUGUAAUAAAGAAUUGAAUGAUUGUCCAAUGGAGAAACACAGUCAAUCAACAACAACAACUGUUUGUUCGUCCGUAUCCUCGUUGUCGUCAUCAUCCUCCGCAUCGGUUACUACUACUACUACUACUACAGGUGUGUGUGGUGUGAACCACAAUGACACUGGACAUGAAUUGAAAUCAUUUCGAUGUACUAAUUUAAGUCGUCAACAUGAAAGACAAUUAGCUAUAGCUGAACAUUGUCUACCGAAUUUGAACAUUUUAACAGAGAAUCCAAUUAAUGUUCAUGAAAGCUAUUUAGCUCGUUAUCUUAUCCAAACAAUGCUUUCAUCCAAUCCGAAUGAUCGACCAACAGCAGAAGAAAUAACUUAUUAUCCAUUGUUUUGGUCACCAAAUAAAGUGAUACGCUUUAUAUCGGAAUUAUCAAAUGUUAUGGAUAUUAAAGAUUUAUCAUUUGAAGUUUCAUCGCAAACUACUACUGAUACUAUUCAUUCAGUAGUAGUUGAUACUGUUGUCAAUGAUCCUACUGAAGAGAAUAAUGAUGAUACUGAUCAUACUACUCAUAAUCAUACAAAUGACAAUGAUAAAAUCGCAACAACCAUUCCUAAUGAUCAUCAUCAAUUAAUUAAACAGCAACAUUUUCAUCAUCAUAAUAAUAAUUAUCAUCAUCAACAACAAAUGUUCAAUGAUCUUAUUCGUUAUACAAAUUGGGUAUUUAAUGAACAUUGGUUUGCUAGAUUAGAACCGGAACUAGUUACUGAUUUAUUAAGUACUCGAGGUUAUCAAGAUACUUCCCUGUUAUGCCUUCUACGUGCUAUACGCAAUAAACAUAGUCAUAUUUGGUCAUUACCAGAACAUAUUCGUGCAAUAUGUGGUUAUAAUCAAGAAGGUAUGGCAUUAUAUUGGACAAUGCGUUUUCCUGCACUUCUACCACUUAUCUAUGGUCUAUGUAAUCAACAUUUCAAUGGUCAUAUUAAUUUUUCUGAAUAUCUACCUCCAAAAUCAAUAUGUAAAGUGUUUGUUGGUGCACCAACAAAUUGUCCAUGGUGGCCUAUUUGGAACAACUCCAAUAUUGAUCAUCAUGAAAUAGACGAAAUCGCAGCGCAACAGAUUCAUUCAAUCAAAUCUUCUGUACAAUUUAGUCAAAAUACAAAUAAAACAAAGAAACUAAAUGUAAAUAAUAAAUGGAAACGUGGUGACAUUCUAUAUCAACAUGGAAGUAGUAAAAGUGGUAUUUAG